CAAUGUCGGACGGAACAAACAACGCCUGACGAGAUCGAUUCAGAUAAAAAAAAAAAAAAAAAAAAAAAAAAAAAGAAAGAAAAGUCGUCCUCAUCUCUCCCUUACUUCUGAUUGCGGGAAUGGAGUCGGAUCAGUUAUGGUUGAUCGGCGAGGAAUGUGGCGAGAAAUUGGGGAAAAUGGCGCGAAAAAAGAGUUUGGAUGCGGAGAGCGGGGAGUCGUCGACGGAGGAGGUGGAGGUGGAGUCGCCAAGGUCGGUGGUGGUGAAGAAGAAGUUGGAGUGGGUGCACAGCCAGGUGUUGAGGAUAAGAGAGGAGGAAUCGUAUCUUGGAGAGGAUUUGCUCGGUGGUCUUGAGGGAUUGAGCGGUAAAGAUAUCAUCAAGACUGCUGUCGGCCGUGGUUCUUCUCCUAAACGGCACCGCGUGAAUGUGGUGGUUUUGUCGAGGCCGAUCUUACCUUGUUCGCCUCUCAGCGGCAAGACCGUCAAGGCUUUGCACUGAAGCCAGCUGAUCUAUUUAUCAAUGGAUCGAACCAAGGAUCAAGUUGGAGAUGAGAGGAAAUAGCGAAGGAUGAAGAAGAGCUGCUGUUUAGUGAGCUGGAGUUAAAUGUUCACUUUGUUAGCUUUUUCUCAUGUAUAGAGUGUCCCUUUUUCUCAGUAGAUGACCUGAUCAAGCUUGUGUAUAGUCAGUCCAACAAAAAAUACAAAAUCACACAACCUGUCUGCCUCUCAACAACUUUAUUUUGUGUUCUUUUCCCUUGUUCCUGCACUUUACCAUAUCAUCUUAGCUUCUUAGGCUGUGCAUAAAUUGCAAAAGUUUUUCCUCUUUCAGCUCCUAAUUGACCAAAUGAAAAAGCAAGAUCCCCAAUCACUCUUUUUCUUUUCAAGCCCUUUGAAGGAUAGUUGAGACUUCAGAAUCUGGCUCAAAUCCUUAUA